UCUGUUCGGCGUUUCUCGUUUUGGGUUGGUGUUGGUGAUUUCGCGUCUGUGCCCUGUGCCUGUGCCUUCCCCCGCUCCCGUGUAUGUGCUAUGAUGACGUAGUGUUCUUGUUGGUUGUCCCUAAAAGACAGAAAAAAUGACUGCCAACUAAAGUGUCAGAGAUCCAAGUCUUCCAUUUAGCAUACAACAGAGAGACAGAAUGAACGACAUGAGCGAUGCCAACAAACAACAACAACAGAACCAGCAACAACAACAGUUGCAGCAGCAGCAAAAUGAUCACCAGCAGCAGCAACAACAGCAGCAGCAACAGCAACAACAGCAGCAACAACAACAGCAGCAACAGGUGAUGCAGCAACAACAUGACAACAUGAUGCAACAGGGGGGCCAACAACAAGGGGUCACUCCUUCUGCACUGAUAGUCAACACUGCCAACAUUCAACAACAACAGCAACAACUGCAGGUACAGCAGAAUAAUCAGCAGCAGUUGCAGCAACUACAGCAGCAGAUGCAGCAAGUGCCUCAGUCUCAGGGGAACACAAUGCAGCUGGGAUCCAUUUCUUUGCAGCAGGGAGGGCAGACGACGCUGACACAAGCACCACUCAAUCAGCUGACCCAGGGCAGUGGUACCAACACGCUGACUACCAUGCAAGCACCUCUGGGCACCAUGGCACUGCCUGGCAACAUGCAGCAAAUACACACACCUCAGUCUGGCACAACAACAAUCACCACAAUGUCCACACUGCAGCAUGGGCAACAUCCAAUACAAGCCCAGACCCCGGCCCCGCAGCAGGGUCAGAUACAGCAGGUCAGCGACUGGGCCAGUGGUCGGGUGCAGGUUAUUCAGCAGCCAUAUCUUCCGCAGAUGUACAGCACGCAGGGUGGCCAACUACUCAUGCCGGGCAACAUAGCUCUACACCCGGCUGGCAUGAACCCUGGGGGCUCCAUCCAGGUUAUAGCCGCUGGAAAACCUUUCCAGCCCAACCAACUGGCCUCUCACAUGAUCACACAGGGCAAGCUCACCCAGGGACAGCCUACAUCGUUCCCGUCUUACGCCACCAUCCCCACCACCACCAACCAGACGCUGCUCAUCAGUCAGGUUGCCCUGGGUAGUAGUCAGCCCAACAUCCUGCCUGCCCACUCCAACAAGCAGGACAUGCAAAAGAUGAAAGGUGUCAAUGUGGUGGCUGGAGGUCAGUUGAAAACAUCAGAGUCAGGAGCGCUGGCCACUCAAGGCCAGUUACACUCUGGUGUCAUAGGCCAGGGACAGCAGAUAUUGCCAAUACAGUAUGCGACGUGCCAGGGCGGCCGCACCGUGCAGCAGAAUACACCGCAGCCGAUGCAGUUCUCUCCGUGGCAGUUCAACACAGGCCUGCCGCAGGGCAUCGCGUGGGCUACACCACAGCCUCUGCUCACUACGCAGAACCCCAUCUUCAUCCGAGGCGCUACACAGCAGGACGGCACCACGCCCAUGUUUAUACAGAGUCCUCCGCCACAGUCCAUACACACGCAGCAUGGUGGAGUACAGGGAGGGUUGCCUAAUCUGACUCAGAUCGCAGUCAGCGGCAACACAACUUCUGUGGUGGGGGCUAAGCCUCGCAACUCAUCAGACAACAUACAACCUAAAGGUAGUCAGCCAGGAGUCCGCCAACUGAGUAACAUCCUGCCUAGCAACCAGCCAGCCAUCCGACCUGCCUCAUCAGUGUCUACUCAGACAGCUGUCAACCAACACAUCACCCAGGCGCAGAUGCAGAAUCAGAAAGCACAGGCCAAGAUGAGAGCUAAGCCGAUGAUCCGUGCUGGGGUGGGGGGACAGAAAGCAGAUGCGGCCAACCAGACAAAGCCUCAGACCAUGGGUAGUCCUCAGCAUCAGCAACUGCAGUCCAACAAGAUGAUUCUGACAAGUGCUGGCACGAUUGUGGCUAGUCCUCAACAGAUGACUCAGGAACAGAUGAAACAACAACAGCAGCAGAUGCAGCAACAGAAGCUGCCUCAGCAACAACAACUGGUCAUGUCUCCUCAGCAGAUCACCACUUACCAGCAACAACAGUUAAUUCAGCCCAAACCUCCACCUAUCAUAGGUAUGGCUGUUACCUUGCAACACCAACAACAGAUGCAACAUCAACAGAUGGUCCAGCAACAAAUGGUUCAACAACAACAGCAGCAGCAGCAACAACAACAACAGCAGCAGCAGCAACAGCAACAACAGCAGCAGCAACAACAACAGCAAGCACAACAGCAACAGUUGGUUGCUCAACAACAAGCUCAAGCUCAGGCUCAGGCUCAAGCCCAAGCCCAAGCCCAAGCUCAAGUUCAGCAGGCAUUAUCUCAGCAGCCUCAGCCUAUUCAGAUGGUGGAGAGGCCGGUGAUGACAGUGACGUCGAUGCCCCCUGCCCCCACGCUGGCUCCUCCCCCCGCCAAGGAGGAUGACAAGACGGGGGAUGGUGCAGGGGAGGUAGCUGCUGUAGACACACACACUGAGGUUGUGGCGGGGGUGACAGAUCAGGCGGCGCUAGAGCAGACGACGGCCAAGACAGAUGCCCCGCCUACAGAGGAGCCUGCUAGAGAGAGGGAUCUACCCAAGGCUCUAGUCAAACCUCAGGUCCUGACACAUGUUAUCGAGGGAUUCGUCAUACAAGAAGCGGCAGAACCGUUCCCGACCAACAGGAGCAACUCUCUACUGUCUGAGCUGGCGCAAGUGGCUCGCUCGGAGAAGGAGAUCAGAACCAAACUGAUGUCUGCAGACGAGCCUCCGUUAAAAAAACAAGCUUUGGAGGGAGCCAAGUCUGACUCGGACAAAUGUGAGAACUGCGGAAAGACUGACGUGAAACUAAAACUGAAGAAGGGGAAACGCUUCUGCACAGUUGCCUGCAAAAGAGCUUUUGCCAAACGGCAGCCAGACGGGAAGGGCAAGGACUGGGGUGGGGACAGUGCAGACAUGGACACCAACGACUCUGCUGGUGAGAGUAGCAAUCCUUCCCCUGGUGAAACGACUGUCAACCCUGCAAUGGACCUGGACGACUCCGACAACAUGCCCAAGGUCAACCCGCUCAAGUGGACGGUGGCUGAUGUUUGUGAGUUUAUCCGAGCACUGCCAGGGUGUAUGGACUACGCUGAGGACUUUGCUAUCCAGGAGAUUGACGGCCAGGCCCUCAUGUUGCUCAAGGCUGACCACCUCAUGUCUGCUAUGUCUAUGAAGCUCGGCCCGGCGCUCAAGAUCUGUGCCAAGAUAGACACGAUGCGAGCCACAACACCACAGCCCGGCGCUCAAGCCAGUCCUGAGAAAUGAAGCCGUCACUACCCGUAACUUUUUAUGAUCUGAUCACUGACACUACAGUUACCAUUCAUCGCUCAUUCACUUCGCUCAAUCUGUCUCUCGCUUUGCAAACGGUUUCUGAAAUGUCUUAAAAAGUCAAGCUGUGGCACUUGUUUUGCAAUGGAAAGUUAAGAUAUUUACAAGCAUCUUUUCAAAACCAAGAUUUAUGCUAGUUAAAUCCCACAGUUUACUUGGGCACUGAUAUGUAAACAAACUCUUAGAAUCAAGUAUUUAGUCUUUUAAACAAUCAAAUGGUUAAACAAGCAAGUCUGAUGUAUUAUAAUUGUACUUCAUGAAGUUAAAUAACAUUUUACAAUCACUAUAAGUGAUUAAAUUGUUUUUUUUUAUACUUACAAUACACAUUAUAUUGUGUAAUGGAAUUUAAAGGGCUACUAGGCAAAACCCGUCAAAAUUGACAGUUACUUUCAAGCUUAAGCUAAUUCAUCUAACUGCGAUAAAUAGAGUGAAAUUUUACUAAUUUUGAGCAUUUAGCAUUGUUUGUUUAAUGAGUAAUAAGUGUAAAAACAAUAAUUACUAUUGGGUUGGUUACAAAAUAUGGUUGAUCAUUCAAUGAAUAAAAUAUAAAACAUAGGUUUACGUGAAAUUUCCAAACAUGGUAUUUACAUGAAAAAUCGCUACAUAAGUAGCGUACUAUAACUACUUCCCCAACACUUGUUAUUUAUUGUUUAAUUUAUCUCCCUCAGCUAUCUAGCUGAGAGGUAAUUUGUGAUAGUUGUGUCUAUGUUGGAAGGCAGGGAUCUGUGAUGCACUAUUGAGAUAUUGCUACAGAUGAAACAUUCUGGGAGUCAAGUGUUAAUGGGUCAUUCGCUUAGUUUGUAAUGCCAAAGUCAGCAAAGCACACUUUUCUGUAUAUUUUAAGCUGAGUUUGAAUUAAGAGUGAGUCUAGAAUAGGGUGAGGUGAUCUGUGUUGCUUUGUUACUGACAGUUGUUUUUUUAUUAACUUCUUCUUGUUAACUUUUCCAAUUACUGCACAGUCAAAUACUGACAAACGAGCAUAAGUAAGAAAAAUACCCCCGCCGCAACAAACCUGCCGACUAAGCAAAUUUCCAUGUGUCUAAGUUGAUUUCCAAUUAAAUCUAUUCAAAUAACUUAGAUCUCUGGUGACAUAAAAAUUAAAAAGUAAAUCGGUCCCGGGCCUAGGUCUUGCCAUGCCACCCACGGUAAUAGCUACUUCCCUAUAGGGAAAUUCGCUAAAAUUGGGGAUAAAGAUUCUUCAUCAUCACUACCAAGUGCACCUCCCCUCCUAUAAGACUUGUUCACUAUUCAAUAAAAAAAGGCUCAAACCAUUUAUACAACUAGACAUUCCGCCCCAUGUUAACACUUUUGCCAGUGUUUUAAUCAAAAUCAUCGUAGUUGAUGUAAGCCACUGACAUAUUGGGCUUAUGUUUUUACCAAGUCCAACUGAUGAAACAACUUAUUGUGAGCUAUAGCAAGUCUUUAAGACCGAUAAUGUAUGUCAGCAAUAAAAAAAUAUGGUAGAACAUAUAAUUUUUAGACACUAGCACAUACUGUGACUGGCUUACCCAACUAUGUUCUUUGAAACAAAUUGGCAAAAGCUAUAUCAUAGGCUAUAUAUAUAUAUACAUAGGACCACUAUAGAUGGAAUGUCUACUUCAGUAUCCAAUAGUAAAUGAUUGAAUGUUCUAGAUUAGCAGAGUUUUACUGUAAAAAUGACACUCACUUCCGCUCUCGGAAUGUUUCUUCUGCAUUACCUUUCUUUGGAUGUUCUAAUCGACUUCUGGUAUUUAAGAAUUUAAUUUGGCGUUAUAAAAGGUACUAUGGAUAUUCUUUGUAAUCCUUCAAUGGUACUAAGAAUUCAAGGUAAACAAUUUGGUGAAGGAAUUUUACCAGAAAUAUUGAAAAAAUAUUUUUACGCCACACUACAAUGUUUUGAAGGAUUUAGUCCAGAAAACAGCUGUUUGCCGCCAGCUUAUUCGAAUGGGGUUUUAUUGCGUACUACUGUACUUCAAUGAGUUUUACCGGACACCAAUCAGCUGAUUAUACUGUAUUUAGGUGGCAAUGAGUGGUUAUAAACAAAAAAAAAACAUCUCUUAGAGGUUAUGACUAGUGAUUUUUAGUCCUUUAGUUGGUGGAAAUAUAUAGGGAUUUGUACGGAUUUAGUAGUAUGGUGUAAACUAUCAUACGUAACUCGUCCAAAAUGUGUGUACCGGACUCGUUCUGGUAAACAUUCAUUUUCAGGACUAGUAACGUAAUAUACUAUUACCAUAAACAAUUGAUUUGGAAAAGUUAUGAUAAAAUUGAAUUUGUAAUGUUUUUGUUAAAUAUGCAUUAGCAAUUAAACAAAUUGUCCUGUUUCCUUAGAAAUUUCAAGAGCAAAUAUGUCUAUUUGUUGCUUUGAUAUAACCUUUUUAUAUGCGCUUUCCGUUGUAUUAGGGAUGUCAUUUUGUGAAAAGUGUUGUUGGUCGUUUAUUAAUUUUGCUAUUUGUAAAUAAUGUAUGAAUAUAGAUUUUGUACCGAUUUUGUAAAAACUUUGUACAAAACGUAAUUUUUCCUAUCCUAGAUAUAAGCAUUUUAGUGACUGAUGGCUGUUAAAAAUAAAAUAUAGUAAAGGAUGGUUUAAAUAACAAGUAUUACAGUUUGGGCAGUCAAACAUUUAUCUUAAUUUUAAUGGUUUUGCAAUGCAUUAGCCAAUCAUACAAUUAAAAAUAGGGUUCACAUAGAAUGUUAGUUUGGUAAAGUAAUCAACAACAUGCCUUUGAACUGAAUAGUAUAAACUCUUAUCACUACUCUGUAAAGUUUUUUUUUACUAUAAUUUCAUGCUAAAAAUUCUUGUUACGGCCAAAUUUGUUAACUAAUUAAAAAUGGCCUUAAAGAAAUAGUUUUCCUGUGCAAUCUCUAUUAUAAAACAGAGCUAAUUCCUACAAUGUAUCUUAUUGUAUGUCUAACUUCGUUUUUUUUUUUUUUUUUUUUUUUUUUUUUUUUUGUUAACCAUACAGGAUAUAUGUUUAUUUGAGUUAUAAUGUUGAAAGAAGGAAAAUAAGUGUUUUAGUUGUAUCAUAUUUUGCAGCUGUCAACAGCAUUCAAUGUGGAAUUUAUCAUAACUCACAUUCCAUGGUUAAAGUAGACAUGAAAAUCUUGGAUUAUAGGAGUUUUUCUUUUUUUUAUGUCCCACCUUUACAUCCUAGAACGCUCGGUUCUCCUGGGACUGUUUGCUUCCCAAUAAAGUCAAUAGUUAGACUUAUUGAGGUUUUGGAUCUCUUCUAGCAAUCUAUUUACGCUGAUCUGUAGAGGUUAGGUCAUUACCACAUAUUUUAUCAGAUGACUCGUUGGUACAAGUUAAGCUUGGAUCUUCUGAGUAGUCCCACCUAACCUAAUGUUUUCUUUUCGGGUAUCACCUGUUUUUAGUCUGAAAAAGGAUUGCUGGAGGGGAUCCAGAAUCUUGACAACUUUUGAUACCCCUUAAAGACAAUAUUUUGAAUGGGGUUAUUCACUGCAAGCUGAGCCUGCUGAGGGAAAUUUUAGUGAUUCCAAUAGGUAAAUUUCAAAUGCAAUUGGUACUUGUGUUUGGACAACUUGUACACAAUAGCAUAUUUUAAGUCACAAAAACUAUCUCAGUAACAAAAUUCUAUUAGGGAAGCUGAGAUGGGAUCACAAUCCCUUUUACUUGCUUUCAAACUUAUAAUUUCAAUCCUGGCAAAUCAUUAAUAAAAAAUGUUACCCUAUCUUGUCAUCCAUAAUGAAGCAGACUUAACCCUGCUCAAAGAGAUUUCAUUGGAACUGAUCAAAUGUGUUAGAUACAAUUAGGUAGUGUGCAAUGUAUACUUUAAACUAGUCCAACUAUUGUUGGCUGGGAGUUAAAAGCAAAACUGUUGUAUAUAAUUUACAUGUGUUGUUUUGACUGAUAUCUUUAUUUAUUAAAAUUAUUUUAUGUUUUGUACAUAAUAUCUAGCUUUUUGUUAUGUUUAAAUGUAAUUUGUAUAUUAAUUUGUCUCCCGACACUGCCAGUUUACAAUAUUAAAACAAAUUGAUAAUUUUUCA